UAUAAGUCGUUUGGCAAUUAAUGAGAUCUUUCUAGUUGAUAAAGGAUGGGUGUAAACAUUAGGUCAUUUAAACUGCCACAAUAUGGAUUGACAUUGUAUCGUAAAUUUUUCCUUUGCUGUUAUUUACAGAACAGGCCGUCUUUGCAAAGUGACCAGAAAUUUACAAGUAUGGCGCAUCUCGUGUACUUUAAUGGACGUGGUCGGGGAGAGAUUGUGCGUAUGAUGCUGGCUGCCUCAGAAAUACCGUUUACAGAGAGUUUUUUAACGGAGAGAAAACAGUUUGAGAACUUGUUAGAAGAUGGUGCCCUUUCAUUCAAGCAAGUGCCGCUACUGAGGAUUGAUGACAUGGAAUUGGUACAGACGGGUGCUAUUGUUCGCUACGUGGCGAGAAAAGGCGGGCUUUACAGCGCAGACGACAAGAUGGCAGCAAUGAUUGACAUGUACUAUGAUGCCUCAAGAGAUUUCCAGUAUAUAUUUUUAACUUUGAAAUUUUUGAAAACCGAAGAACAAGUUAUAGCGGACGCCAAAGCCGCUGGAGACAGCAAAUAUUUCCCUGCGCUGGAAAAGAGGUUAAAGGAAAAUGGAACCGGAUUCUUGGUAGGGAACUCGCUGACGCUGGCUGAUGUAGGCUUCCUGGAGGUCCUUCUGAUGUGUAUAGAAUACGGAGGUGAACAUUUCUUCGAUGACUACGUGGAAGUACAGAAAUACUACCAACGGCUGAUUUCUAUUCCCUCAAUGGCGAACUUUUUGAAAAGUCCAUUCAGGAAAAGAAAGAACGAUGACCAGUAUAUUGCAGAAGUUAAAUUAGUCCUGAACAGAACAUGAUGUUGUAGAUGGAAUAUAUGUUAAAAGCCAAUCCCAGUGAAAUACGAAGUCAGGGUAUAUCGCUAUCGACAAUUAUCAUAGACACCUAAUUCUAUAUUUCAGAAACCUUCCUACGUUAGUCAUCCUUAUUGCAAUUAAAAUCAUUAUGAUUGAUUCAUUUAUUGAUUUUAUUGAUUUUCAUAACGAGUAGGUAUAUUUUUGUUAAUUAAAGGUACUGUCUAUUGAAACGUCAGAAAUCGCACCCAAUCUUCGCUUCCACCAAUGGCGUUAUCUGGGUAUUCUACGUCCUAUCACAGAAAUAGAUGACAAUAGAUGAUAUAAGAUUCGAAAGUCUAAAAAAAAAAUACUGCAUUAUGUAUAAACUUGUGUCUCUCUGAGAUAAAUAAAUGGAUAUAGAACUGACUGUAACCGUUAGUAUGACGUCAGAAAAUGAAGAAUUUCUUUAAAACGAGGAUAGAGUUCAAUAUAUUACCCACGCUAUGCUUUAGAAACUGAAGAACAAACGGGCGUAAUCGAACACCAUUUUCACAUACUUCAUUGAUAGUAUCAUUCAAUAAACAGUGACUAUAUACA